UUUCAUAGUCUGGUGUACGAAAAAGUUGCUUGAUCGCUAGCUAACUAUUUUCUUUGAAGCUGGUAUAACUGCUUUAAAUGAGCGUUCGCUAGCAAGCUAGCUGGCUAGCCUCUCUUGCAUGGAUUUUUGUUGUGCGCUCCGUGGUUGUCGCGUUAGCUCUCUAGCCGACGGAAAUGGUCUUUUUCACUCCAGCCUGCUAAUUAAACACAGGUAGCUAGUUAGGAAGGAAGUUAGCUAGUGCAUUAGCUAACCAGCCAUGCUUUUUCCCGUAAAGUCAUCUUAUUCAGGGGUGUGUCCGGGGGCUGUAAAUCGCGAGCUUGGGAAGACCAAGAUGAGAUAGCAAUGAGGGAAACACCUGCUCUCAUCAGCUAGCGAAUCGUUUUCUGAUCUUCAGUCGCAAAACGUUUUAGCUACGAGAUACAAAGGGUGUAAAUCACAGCCAGCGAAUAAUAAUAGAAAAAAACAUGUUCGGAAAUCUGUUCGAAGAAGACGAAGAGGGCUUCGCUCCUGCCCCCAGCGGGGGAAAGGUUGGGAAAGGGAAAAACGCCGAGCCUCCUCCGCCGCGGGGGAGCGUGGGGCUGAGCGGCAUCAAAAACCAGGGCGGCACUUGCUACCUCAACUCCCUGCUGCAAACGUUGCUCUUCACGCCGGAGUUCAGAGAGGAGUUGUUCACUUUGGGACCUGAGGAGCUGGGUUGUCUGGCUGACAAGGACAAACCAGAGGCCAAGGUACGGGUGAUCCCUCUCGAGCUGCAGAGGCUGUUCACACACCUGCUGCUGGUGGACCAGCAGACCGCCUCCACGGCUGAUCUGACCGAGAGUUUCGGCUGGACCAGCAGCGAGGAGAGCAGCCAGCAGGAUGUGCAGGAGCUGAACCGCAUCCUGUUUAGCGCGCUGGAGAGCUCGCUGGUGGGAACCUCGGGCAGCAGCCUCAUCCACCGCCUCUACCACGGCACCGUCGCCAACCAGAUCGUCUGCAAGGACUGCGGGAACGUCAGCGAGAGGCUGGAGGACUUCCUGGACUUGACGGUGUCUGUGAGGGGCGUCUGCGGCCUGGAGGAGGCGCUGUGGAACAUGUUCGUGGAGGAGGAGGUGUUCGAGGGAAACAACCUGUACCGCUGUGGUCGCUGCAGCCGCCUCGUCACGGCCGCCAAGUCAGCCAAACUGAGGAAGCUGCCCCCGUUUCUGACGGUGUCCUUGCUGAGGUUCAACUUUGACUUCGCCAAGUGCGAGCGCUACAAAGAGACCGGCCGCUACACCUUCCCCCUCACCAUCAACCUCAGGCCCUUCUGUGAACAGGCAGAGAGGCCAGACUCAGAGUUCACCUAUGAGCUCUUCUCUGUCAUCAUACACAAGGGCGGCUGCUAUGGAGGCCACUACCACGUCUACAUCAAGGACAUUGACAAACUUGGCCACUGGGAGGUGCUGGAUGAGGAGUCCAAGCCCAAACCGCAGAAGAAAGAGGUGAAGAUUGCCGAACCGGCGCUGGAGAAGGAGGACCCGCUGUCAGUGCUCGUAGCUAUACUGUCUCAGGAAGAAUCAAAGAGCGUUCUUGUGGACCAGCUGGGCCAGAAGCUGCUGGACAAAAUAGGCAUUUCUUGGAACAGGAAGUUCCGCAAGCAGUACGGACCGAUAGGGAAGUUUCUCCAGAACCACUCGGACGUUUUCAUGCUGGUGUCCAACAGCACGCGGGUCACUCUCAAGGCUGCCACUCCGGUCCCAGAUCCACAGCCCAGUCCGACGUCCCCCGGCGCCGACCCGGAGAGCCCGGCGGUCGGCGAGGACUCGGAACCGCGGUCCGGGCAUGGUCACCACUGGUUCGACCUGAACGACUCCACGGUGAUCCCCAUCCGUGAGAAGGACAUUGAGAAGCAGUUCCAGGGCAAGGAGAGUGCCUACAUGCUGUUCUACAGGAAGGCUGAGCUGCACAGACCAGAGGAAGCUAAGCAGAACCCCGGUUACAGGGUUCCACCUCAUCUGCUAGAGAUGGCCCAGGAGGAGAACGCCAAGCUCCAGCACAGACGAGAAGAGUUUGACGCCUCCAGCAACACCAUUGAGGUGCACCUGCACCUGGCCCCUCACUACCACAUAGAGAACGGAGCCCUGCAGCCUGUAGGACCGUCCCAGGACAGCGUGAUUACCAUCACCUUCGACCGGCGGAAGACUGUGGGAGACCUCCGGCUGGCCAUCUACCAGAUGCAGGACCUCUGGGAGGGGGAUAUGGCCCUGACAGUGGCCCGGAGCCUUCCAGCCGGCCUGCACCUCUACAACACUCUCUCAGACGAUCAGCAGUCCCUGUACAGCGUGGGCCUGCGCGACGGCUCCGAUCUCUUCGUGUGGAACGGCAGAGAGGUGCGGGGUGCGAGCGUGCGGACGGGGGCGGAGUGGGAGCCCGUCCUGCUCACCCUGGUGCGGCCCUCCCUGGAGGAGGCGGACGGGGUGGGCGAGGCCGGGCCGAGCGGCGGUUCCGGCGGAGGAGGAGGGGGCCUGUGCCGGGUGGCGAGGGGCUUCGCCGGCGGGGCCACGCUGGCGUCGGUGCGGGAGGCCCUGGGGCCCCAGGACACGCUGCUGUGCCAGGAGAGCAGCCCGGGGGGGUGCAGCGGGGGCGGGGCCAGCGGCUGGAGAGUGUUCCCCUCAGCUGACAUGCACAGGACCCUGAAGGAGCUGGCCCUGAGGGACGGGGACGCCCUGCUGGUGCUGGAGCCCCAGGCCCUGGACACCAGCCUCAUCAGCCGUAGCGGGGACAUCGUCACCGUCACAACCCCUUCUGACUGCCGCUGGCUGCAGGUGGAGUUCUGCCCCCGGGGAGGAAGAGGAGCCGAGGAGGGAGAGGAGGAGGAUGAAGAGGAGAGGAGGAGGGGAAAGGUCCCUGCCUCUGGGAACAUGCUGCUGUCCGAGGUUAAGCAGACGGCUAUUGAAGUGCUGCAGCUUCAAGACCAGCUCAAAGGUGUGACGUGUUGUCUGAGGCAGGUGGAUAGCACUGGCAAACUCCUGCCCCCAGUGCGUGAGAAUCUGACCGUGCGUGAGGCUGGGGUGAAGCUCAUGACCUCUCUGUCCCUCUGUUUCGGAGCUGCUCCAGGACCGACACAACUGUUUCUCUACUUCAGCGUAGGCUCGGACCCGGCUGCUGCCGGAGAGAGGGAGCUCAUUGUGGAGGAGACUCUCACUGUGAAGGAGUGUUUGAUGCAGAUCAUAAAUCUGGCUGGACUGGAAGGUGUCUCCUGGCACCUGAGGAAGAUGGAUUGGUGUGAGGAAGUAGGAGACGCCCUCACAGACGAGGAUGCCACCCUGGCUGAGAUGAAGAUUCACAAUGGUGACACCCUGGUAGUGACAGAGGGACGACUUCCCCCCAAGGGGUUCAUGAAACUGCCCAUCUGGCUGUGUGUGGAGCACAGCGACACCCCCAUCUCAGUGGAAGCCCAGGAGAACCACAUGGCCAAUGGGAUCGGAGGCCAGGCAGAGAGCGUCUCGGCUGCAGAUGGAGCUGAAAUGCAGUUUGUAGGACAGGUGGAGAUCUCGGGGGAGGCGUCCUUGGACGACCUAAAGACUCAGGUGAUGACCCUGCCCUCGCUGCAGGACCUGUGUGUACCCACGCCGGCCUUUCUGCGUGUCUGGGCCCUGGAGGGCAGGAAGCUCGGCCGGAUCCUGAGAGGAAACCAGCAGCCCCUCAAGAAGCUGAAGCUGGGCAGUGGGGCGGAGCUGUGUGUGAAGCAGCUGCUGAAGGAGGAGAAUCUUGGGCCAAAGGAGAUGCUGCUCCGGGUGCAGAUAGGGGUUCCGGGGGAGCGGGAGUACUACCCCUCGGAGGAGUUUGUUUGGGAUAGCACCCGGGACAGCUCCGCCCAUGCCCUGCGCCAGGCUCUCGGCGUGCGGUACGGCCUGUCUCCGGACAGCCUGCACAUCGCCAAGUACUUCCCUGACAAGUACUCCUGGAUGACCAUCUCCAACUGGAGCCAGCAGGUGUCCAAGCGGAAAAAGAAGAAAAAGGCGGAGAGCAUGCAGGGGGCGCCAUUUUACCUGAAAGACGGGGAUCUCAUCGGCGUCAAGAACCUCCUGAUCGACAGCAACAAGGACUUCAGCACUCUGCGGGACGAGCUGGGCCAGCAGAGACUGCAGGAGGAGGCUGAGAACAGGAGGAAAGGCAGGGAGCAGAAUGCGAGCGUGGAGCCCAGCCUGGAGACUGGUCCUGAGCAGAAGGGCAAAGGGAAAUGCAGGAAGCCAGAGGUGGCCUUGUCUAUCAAUGUGGGGGUCUUCAGAUAGCGUACCCCCCCCCCCCCUU